GGUCAUAAAAUAAAAAAAAAUCUCAACUAUCAAUGUCAUCUGUCAGUGUAGUCGAUUCCACUAAAGUUGAAAUGAGUUGCUUCUUUGCUAUAAAGUAAUAUUUUCUAUAAAUUUGGGGAUAUUUAAUAGUACUUUAAUAAAUACACUAUAAUCAUAGUUUAGCUGAGCCUUUUCUAAUGAAGCCAUGAAUGGUUUCAUAGCAGUACAUUGUGGUGCAGGAUAUCAUAGUGAUUUAUUGAAGAAGGAAUAUCAGAAGACUUGCUAUGCCGCUUCUAGAAAAGCUGUAGAAGCACUGCAAGCUGGCGGGAAUGCAGUUGAUGCUGUUGAAAAAGCAAUAAUUGAAUUAGAAAAUAGCUCGUUGACUAAUGCUGGCUAUGGAUCAAACUUAAGUUGGGAAGGCUCCGUAGAAUGUGAUGCCUCCAUAAUGAACGGCCAGACACUGCACUUUGGUGCUUGUGGUGCAGUCUCAAAUGUUUGGAACCCCAUUACUUUGGCAAAACAUUUAUGUCUAAGACAAUGUGAAAGCUUGUCUUUAGGAAGAGUACCACCAUGUAUUCUCACGGGACAAGGAGCCAAGACCUGGGCAGAAAGGAUGGGAUUGGAAAUUGUAGACAAUAAAAAAAUGAUAUCAGCACGAGCUUUCCGUAACUAUAAACACUGUAAACGGAAAUUAAAAAAAUAUUCUUUACAAAAUGACAUAAAGUUUAGCCCUCUAGAUACUGUAGGAGCAAUUUGUGUAGAUUCUAAUGGAAUAGUUGCCGCUGGGGCAAGCUCAGGAGGUGUGUCGUUGAAACAUGAAGGAAGAGUUGGCCAAGCUGCUUCUUUUGGUAGUGGUGUAUGGGCUAUGAUGAGUCGAGAUGGCAUGCAGCCCUCUGUGGCUGCUUGCACUUCUGGUUGUGGAGAACAUCUGAUAAGGACACAAUUAGCAAAGAACACGGCAGAAAGUCUUCUAGGACCAUCUCCAGUUAUAGGCCUAGACAAAUGUUUGAAGGAAAAUUUUUUGGAGUCACCAUUUUUAUGGGAUGUUCCGGAAAGAUUUGGCGGAUCUUUAGCUUUAACAUUUAACCCACAAGUAGGGGAAGGUGAAUUGUUAUGGGGACAUACUACAAAAACAAUGUGCAUAGGAUAUAUGUCUACAGAAUCUAGUAAGCCAAAGUGUGUAAUUUCCUAUCUACCCCCAAAAGUGGAAUCAGGACACAAGGCUGUUGUUUCGGGAGUUCCUUUCAAAGUUACCUUGCAGCCAAAUCCAGUACUGCAAUGGGAAAUCAAGACUGAAGUCAAUUUAAAUGGAUCUCAUUAAUUUAAGUAUAAUUAGAAAGUAUUGAUUUUGCUUGAAAAUUUAAAUGGACAGUAUUUUUUUAAUUGUAGAAUGGAUCUCAAAGUUUUGUAUUAUUUUAUGUAAAUUAGUGAUGAAAAGUAAUGUCGAUUUUCGAUAGGUUAUAAUACAUAUUGACAAAUUGCAUAAGCCUUAUUAUUUUUUAAAGAAUACACCAUAUUUCCAGCCCUCAGGCUUCCUCCAAAGUUAAAAUACGACAGAAUAAUGAAACGUAAAAAAAAACUACAUAAUUUAAAAGCAAAAGAAAACAAAGAUGUAUAAGCCAAAUUUCUUAACUAUUCAAAUAUGUUAUGGUAAAAGAUAGUAUGUAACUAUUUCAGGACCUACAAAUGAUAAAAAAGAACAGUUUUUUCAAAUAUUUUACAUUUAUUGUAAAAAAGUGCUAUUACAAUCAUUUAAUUCGGUGAGGCAUUUUGUAAGUACGUAUUUUCUUCCAGUCAACACAAAUAUUCACAAGCAAAGAAUUUGUUCAUUUAUUAGUAGAGAAACUUAAAUUUUUAAAGCACCUAAAAUAACACCAUACCUAACAAUUUAACAUAUUGUUUUAAACCUUAUUAUUAAAAAAAAACUGGAAAUAAUAAGGCACUGGUUAUGUUUAAGUUUCCUAAUGAAGUGGUUAUUUUCAACUUACACACAUAAUGAUUUAAUUACAGUCCUAAUUGUCAUUAAAAGUUACAAUAAUAUCAUUUAACUCAUCGACAAGACCAAUAUCACAAUCUAACAAAUCACAACAGAUACUUUCCGCUCUUUCAAUGAUAAAUCACAUUUAUCCAUUCUAAAGAGAAAAGAAAGCUUAACUUAAGCUUAAGCAAGUCAUGCUCUAAGAGGAAGUGUCAAUAGUAUGCCAGUCUUUUAAGAUAAAGUCAAUAAUAACAUUAACUUUGUUCCUGUGUUGAAGUAUAUAAAUUGGACCAUUUUGAUAGCCCAGAUAGAUACUUAGUCAUCUAUAGAUUAUAAAUCUAUAGCAUAUAAGCGAAAUCCAGAUAUCCGAAACAGGAUUACUUUUAAAUGAACAAAAUUAAGUUAAAUACUUAAGUUUUUUUUACUGAAUUUUUCAUUUUUCAAACGAACUGUAAAAUUAUCGAUAUAUGUUUGUUAUUCAGUUAUGUUUAUAUUGUAUAUAGAGUCAAUAACUCAUAUAUAACCUACAUGUAAGUUGACCUUAUAUCUAAAACUUAUUUAUAUAAAAAUUAUAUUUAAAAAUACAUAUUUGUACUACACCAAAUAAAAUGCUCAUCAUAAUGAAAUUAUGCUUAAUAAAUUGUUAAAAUAAUUAAUAAAUAUACAAUUUGACAACACAAAGAAUUUCUAUAGAUGUUAAAGAUAAUAUGCAAUACACAGAUAGACCCUAUACAUCGGGAUGUUUGUAGAAUUUUACAGAUUACAUUUUGUCCAGAAUAUUGUUAUUAAUUUAUAGUCAUUAUAUUUUAAAAUAAUAACUUACUAAUUUUAAAAUCACUGGUGAAAAAUUGUAAAACAAAUUAAUUUUGUACAUUCUUUUGAAAAAAUAAAAGUAUUUGACCGAUGAACUUUCGAAAAGUGUAUUUCUUAGGUGGGUAUUUAGAGUCUAUCUCUAAAAAGAAAAUAAUUGGCAGCUUCAACAUAUAAUGUUUAAGAUAGACAAAAAUCAUUAUUCAACUUAAGAAUAUUUUGUGACCAGUUUCUAGAAUAAAUCUUAGCAAAUG